GGUCCGCAACCGGCUCGCACGCCGCGGAGGCUCAAUGUUCGGAAACGCGGCUUGUUGGCUGGGGAGGGGAGCGACGGUCCCUCCCUAAACUGGAAGCUGUUCCAGUCAUUCCAGCCAAUGCUUAGUUUAUAACUCGCAGAUAUUAUCGGGAGGGUCGAAGUCCCUCUGCAGGGGCUUAGGUCAAGGUGAGUAAUGGCUCCCAUAGGAAGUCAGGAUGGUUUGGAUUGAACCUGGAUUUAUUUUAUUGAAUUUUACUUGCCUCCACCUCUUCAAGUGACUUACUUUAUUAAGCCGGAUUCAUCUGUACCAAUCUAACCUCACCUAACCUACUGUUUAGGGAUUCUGCCACCAGUAUACCCUAUCCGAGUGUUGAGCCUCCGCGGGGCGUGAGAGUCGGCGGCGGCCCACGAAACGGAUAACUAUCGUCCACAGCAGCAGCCAACCUGUAAAUGUGCAAAGGCGUGUGCCUAGCGUGGCGGCGGGACAUACAGGCGUAGGGGUGCAGGGCAGCAUUCUAGAGGGGCGUGAGGCACGGCAGGUCCCGGGAAGACACGUUCAGCCAUGGCUUUUGACAUGAAAAAGGAGGAGGACGUGAAGGAGUUUUUGGAGAAUCUUGGCAUUGAAUACAGAUUUGGCUGCUUCAGCGAAAAGAAACCAGAUAGUUGUCACUUGCUUGGCGACUACCUGGAGGGGGUGAAGAAGGACUUUGAGAAGGCUGCCAAGGUGUUCAGAAGUAACUGUGAUGACUCUGCCCACCCCAAGAGUUGCUACAAGUAUGCUAAUUACAAUUUUCUGGGCAAGGGGUGCAAACAGAACAUGGAUGAGGCAUACUCAUACUACCUGAAGGGGUGCACAGCAGGGAACUUUGACUCCUGCCUCAAUGGAGGGCUCAUGUGUGUCUCCAACACCCCCACUAAUGUCAAGAGGCCCAAAGAUUAUGAUAAGGGUUUGGAACUCCUGGACAGAGCUUGCACAGGAAAGAAUGCAUUUUCCUGUUACUACAUCUCUGGCAUCUUUAUCCAAGGUGUGAAGGAUUUCAUAGCCAAGGACAUGAACAAGGCCUUCCAAUACUCCUUGAAGGCUUGUGACCUUGGGAACAUGUAUGCCUGUGCCAAUGUCUCACAGAUGUACAGGAAAGGCGAUGGCGUAGAGAAGGAUGAGGCAAAGGGCGAGGAGUAUAAGAAGAAGGCGCUUGACAUGCAGGAAGAGUUCAAGGAGCAGAUGCAGCUAGAGUUCCAGCAGGGGACAACUCAAGCUUAGAGAAAUUCAUUGUAGGAUGUAAGAUUAUUUUCCUUGUUACCUCCAUUUGGCAGGUUUUAUUUGAUUUUAUAAUUAUUUGAAGUUCUUAAAAUAUAUGUUUUUAAGACAGUUGCAAUCAAGCCUGUCAGAAUCUUCACUUUUUCUGUCCAGUAUUAUGGUGAAUAUGCCAUGCACCCUGUGUACCUGAACUGCUAACUCAUUCAUUGUGGCAUGGUAGGCUACAAUGCCUGUAUAUCUCAGCAAAGCAGUAAAACUGAGCUGCCAUGUUAAUGUAUUAAGGGGAGAUCUUUCAUCCAUUUCCUCCAUUAUCUUUUUUCUUUUUGUUCCUCUGCCAAAAAACAGGCUUUACAUGCACUCAUCUUAUUGGCUGAGCAGAGUGUGCCCAAACAUUUGGAGUUUUAUUCUUCUGAUUGGGUUGAAGGAAGGGAGUUGGCUGAUUCCAUUCAGUAAAACCAAUGUUUAGAGAGUGAAGCUUGCAUAUCCAACUUUUGAAGGAAAAUGUUUAUGCACUAACAAAGUGUUACCACCCCUGGGAGUGGGCAGUGGGAUUAUAUUACACUGAAUGUUUUCUGCAACUGGUCAUGUGGUAGCUGUUGAUGCAGAUGUGAUGUGUUCUGUACACAAGCUUGAUGUGCUUUUAAGUUAUUCACACGAAAAGUCCCAGGCAGGCGCCAAUAUGCUGUGACCUGCCCAUGCUAGAUAAUCCUGUACAUAUGUAUUAUAUGUGUUAUUUCUGUUGACAGAACUGUAAAGCAUUGCUAAAUAAAUUUAUUUAAUUUAUAA